AUGGGCAUCCCAACAACACCCACCGAAGCCGCACCAGCAUACAACGAUGUAAUCAACAACCACCCUGUAAACCGCUACAUGCCAUCUGGCUCGCUCUCCGGCUACACCACCAUCCCCCAAUCCGAUGAUGCAGACCAACCCCCCUUCACCAGGGAAACCUCGGACAUCGAACCCAACGUCUACACUCACAACACCACAUCCCUGCCUCCUUCGCAGCAGCAGCAACAACAACAACAACAACAACAACAGCCGGAAACUUUUGCCCAAACAAUAACCAAACUGCUUCUCCCCCAGUCAGACGCGCAGCACAAGCACUGCGCCGCGUGCGAUGAGCAGGUUCAUACGGCUGCGAGGCAGAAGAGGGAGAGUGAGAGGUACUGCUGUACGAUGGUUGCAGUGACGUUUAUUACGCUGUUCGUGUGUGGGAUGGUGUUGGGAGUUGUGAUUGUGAAUGCGAAUGCGAAGAAGAAUAAGGAUUUGAAGGGCGGGAUGUAA